CCCCACCCCAAGCCUCGGCAGUGCCUGCCUGGCCUCGCGCUCCUCCAGCUUCCACACAAGCUCCCAGGCCCACCACACUCUCCAUGGAGACCAGCAGCUCCUUCCAACAGCUUGGCAUGCAGCAGCGCCCUGAGCCGCCCAGGCAGCAGCUCCCAGGCUAUGGCAAGUGCAGCACCACAGGCGGUGAUCCUGGCAAAGAUCCUGGGAAAGCUGCUGGGUGCAGUGGAGGCAGCGGGAUCGGGAAGGGGCCAGUGCCAAUGGUCUGCAGCACUCCAUGUGGGAACCCCUACGCGGGGCUGGUGAGCCACCUGCGGGCAUCCUGGAACUCGGGGAAGACGCGGCCCAUGGAAUACCGUGUUGCCCAGCUGGAGGCUCUGGGACGAUUCCUGGAUGACAAGAAGCAGGAGAUCCUGGAAGCCACUGAAUUGGACAUGGGCAAGCCAUCCUUCGAGGCAUUCUUCAGCGAGAUCCUCCUCUGCAAGAACGAGCUCAAUGUCACCCUCAACAACCUGUCCCACUGGAUGAAGGAUGAGUACGUGGACAAGAACCUGGUGAUGCAGCUGGACUCUGCCUUCAUCCGCAAGGACCCCUAUGGGGUGGUGCUCAUCAUAGCACCCUGGAACUACCCCAUCCACCUCUUCCUGGUGCCCCUCAUUGGGGCCAUCGCUGCCGGGAACUGCGCCAUCAUCAAACCCUCAGAGAUCUCCAAGAACACAGAGAGACUCGUUGCUGAAACGCUGAGCUGUUACCUGGACAGUGACUGCUUUGCUGUGGUGACUGGUGGCAUGCCAGAGACCACCAGGCUGCUGGAGAACAAGUUUGACUACAUCUUCUUCACUGGCAGCCCCCCAGUGGGGCAGAUCGUGAUGACGGCCGCUGCCAAGCACCUGACCCCGGUGACACUGGAGCUGGGGGGCAAGAACCCCUGCUACGUGUCUGACACCUGUGACGUGACCAACGUGGCGCGGCGCGUGGCCUGGGGCCGCUUCUUCAACGCGGGGCAGACCUGCAUCGCACCCGACUACCUGCUCUGCACCAUAGAGAUGCAGGAGAAGCUCAUGCCUGCCCUGCGUGAGGCCAUCACUGAGUUUUUUGGCCCCAACCCCCAAGAAUCCCCGGAUUUUGGCCGCAUUGUGAGUGACAAGCAGUUCCAGCGCCUCCGGGCACUGCUGGGCAGUGGGCGCGUGGCCAUCGGGGGACAGACGGACGAGGCAGAGCGCUACAUCGCUCCCACAGUGCUGGCGGAUGUGCUGCCCUCGGACCCUGCCAUGCAGGAGGAGAUCUUCGGGCCCAUCCUGCCCAUUGUCGUCAUCGCCAACAUGGAUGAAGCCAUUGAUUUCAUCAACGCGCGGCCGCGGCCACUGGCCCUCUACGCCUUCUCCUGUGAUAGCAAGAUAGUGAACCAGGUCCUGGAGCGGACGAGCAGCGGAGGCUUCUGUGGCAAUGACACCCUGAUGCAUGUGACACUGACCUCUCUGCCCUUCGAAGGCAUUGGGAACAGUGGCCUUGGAAGAUACCAUGGGAAACUGACCUUUGACACCUUCUCCCACCACCGUGGCUGCCUGCACCGGAACAUGGGGCUCGAGACCCUCAACACCCCGCGCUACCCCCCCUACACCCAGCAGAAGUUGGGGCUCCUCACGACCACCUUCGAGGUGAAGCGCAGGGGCACCUGCACCCUGCUCUGAGGCUGCCAUGUCCUGCUCUGAGGAUGCCAUGGAGUCAGCGUGGAGAACUGGGACCAUCCCCCUGUCCCUCUUCACCACGCUCCCCACUUCCUCACCGUGUCCUUUGCCUUGCUGGAACAUGUCGGACAGCCAGGAUGGACAUUCCCUCCUGCAGCCUUGUGGCCUGUGCUCUGAACCAUUUUCCAGGACACAGCAGAAACGACCAAAAACCUUUCCUUCAAACCUCUCUUUCUGGUGGAGAAGUGCUUCCAUCA